AGUUGUAUGAGCAUGCACUUCAGCAUGCUGACACAUCCUUGGAGCCUUCAGAUUGAACACUCCAGAGACACUUCCUGUGGCAGAGAAAAGAGGUAGUGAGCUGGUGUUUCAGGAUGUAAGGGCCCGGAGGAGCAGAGCUCUCUCUCUCCACUGCCUGCUUGCCACCCCAAGAGAGUGCUUCCGCGAUCCUUGUGGUGGGUGGCCCCCCGUGGAGGGGACCUGUGAUCAACGGCGGUAUGCCAGGGAAGCCCAAGCACUUGGGUGUCCCCAACGGGCGCAUGGUUCUGGCUGUCUCAGAUGGAGAACUGACCAGCACUGCAGGUUCCCAGGCCCAGGGUGAGGGCAGAGGCAGCUCUCUCAGCAUCCACAGCCUCCCUAGUGGCCCCAGCAGCCCCUUCUCCACCGAGGAGCAGCCUGUGGCCAGCUGGGCCCAGUCCUUUGAGCGGCUGCUGCAAGACCCACGGGGUCUGGCUUACUUCACUGAGUUCCUGAAGAAGGAAUUCAGCGCAGAGAACGUAACUUUCUGGAAAGCCUGCGAACGUUUCCAGCAGAUCCCAGCCAGCGACACCAAGCAGCUAGCUCAGGAGGCCCACAACAUCUACCACGAGUUCCUAUCCAGCCAGGCGCUGAGCCCAGUGAACAUCGACCGACAGGCCUGGCUUAGUGAGGAGGUGCUGGCCCAGCCCCGGCCAGAUAUGUUCCGAGCACAGCAGCUUCAGAUCUUCAAUUUGAUGAAGUUCGACAGCUAUGCGCGCUUCGUCAAAUCCCCGCUGUACCAAGAGUGCCUGCUGGCGGAGGCCGAGGGACGCCCCCUGCGGGAACCUGGCUCCUCACACCUCGGGAGCCCGGACACAGCGAGGAAGAAGCCAAAGCUGAAGCCUGGGAAGUCACUGCCGCUGGGCGUGGAAGAGUUGGGGCAGCUGCCACUCGCUGAGGGCCCUUGUGGCCGCCCUCUCCGCAAGUCCUUUCGUAGAGAGAUGACAGGUGGAGCCAUGAAUUCGGCCCUGCGACGAGAGUCUCAAGGGUCCCUGAAUUCUUCUGCCAGUCUGGACCUGGGUUUCCUUGCCUUUGUGAGCAGCAAAUCUGAGAGUCACCGGAAGAGCCUUGGAAGUGGAGAGAGUGAGAGCGAGAGUCGGCCGGGGAAGUAUUGCUGCGUGUAUCUACCUGACGGCACGGCUUCCUUGGCCCUGGCUCGACCUGGCCUCACCAUCCGAGACAUGCUGGCAGGCAUCUGUGAGAAGAGAGGCCUCUCUCUGCCUGACAUUAAGGUCUACCUGGUGGGCAAUGAACAGAAGGCCCUGGUCCUGGAUCAGGAUUGCACCGUGCUGGCAGACCAGGAAGUGCGACUGGAAAACAGGAUCACCUUCCAGCUGGAGUUGGUCGGCCUGGAGCGAGUGGUCCGGAUCUCAGCUAAGCCCACCAAGCGUCUGCAAGAGGCGCUGCAGCCCAUCCUGGCUAAGCAUGGCCUGAGCCUGGACCAGGUGGUACUGCACAGGCCAGGAGAGAAGCAGCCCAUGGAUUUGGAGAAUCCAGUGAGCUCAGUGGCCUCACAGACACUGGUUUUGGACACUCCUCCGGAUGCAAAGAUGAGUGAAGCCAGAAGCAUAUCCCCCUGCCGCAGUCAGGGAUGCCUCCCAAGAACCCAGACCAAGGACAGUCACCUUCCCCCAUCGUCCUCCAGUUUGCUGGUAGAAGAUGCCAGUAGUUCUACUGGGAACCGGCAGACCUGUGACAUUGAAGGUGCCCUGCCUGGUGGAGCUGCUGAAUCGGGUGCAGAGCAGCGGGGCCCACGAUCAGAGAGGACUUCUUCGCAAAGAGGACCUGGUCCUUCCAGAAUUUCUGCAGCUUCCUUCCCAAAGACCAGGCUCUCGGGAGGCUCCACCAUAGACUGAAUCAACUAUUCAGCCCAGGGAGGGCCCUUCAGACUCCACCACCCACCCGGUCCUCUGGCAUCUGUGUAACAAUCCAGGCUAUCUGCAUGGUGCCUGGGCAAACCAAGCAUGCCACGGGUCUGUGCUGCAUGCCCUAUCUGUACCAUGAGUGUCUUUGGCUCCUUUCUGCUAUGGGCAGGCCCCCAGAAAGGGCCAGGAGGGGGUGGCUAACUGUUCUCUCAUAGGUUUGCCUACCCAUUCCUCCCAGUAGGCCAUCAAGAGGAGGUGGGCCUAGUUCCUUGGCAUAAGCAUAGUGAACACAAACGGGUGACUUUGGCAGUGCCAGCCUCCUCAACUUGUUCUAGGCUUUAGCAGGGGGCAGGAAGGAGGGGCUGGCCCCUCCUUAAAGAGUUGAUAUAAGUAAGACCUGGGUGUACUGGUGAGCAACCCCUCCCUCCAUCCACAGACUCUACUGUACAUAUGGAUUUUAUGGUUGGCUUGGGGCAGCUGGGUUUGUCCUGGAUAUAUGGUACUGUUAUAUAAUAAUAAUAAUUAUCAUUAUUAUUCAGCCA